AUGAGGAGCGCUGGCCUUGUUGUGGCCUUCCUGGCCUUGGUGUUUCUUGUCAGCCUCUCCGCUGCCCGAGAGGACCCUGAUAUCUUACUGCCAAGCCAAGGAAUCGGAGAGGAAGUAGGGGGAGAGAAGCCAUGGGCGUGCUGCGACAGUUGCUUGUGCACGAAGUCGAUCCCGCCGCAGUGCCGGUGCACCGACCAGUUGAUCGGAGGUUGCGACCCCAACUGCAAGACCUGCAUCUGCACAAAGUCGUACCCGCCCAAAUGCCGCUGCUACGACAUCAUCAACGACUACUGCGGUGAGCGAUGCAACCCGGAGCAGUAG